AAAAAAAAUUAAAGUAAAGGUGAAACUCCUUCCAUUAAAUCGUCAUGGGUGACGUGAAAUCCAGAUGAGGACAUAGAACAAUAUACAUCAUAAAUCAUUUUUCUCACUUUUCUGUGAAAAACCAUUUCGUAAUUAAAAUCUUUUGUGUGCGGUAGUACUUUGAGAACAAAUGUAACGUGAACACAGCGCGGGAAGCAAAGGUUAACUGACGAACCAAUAGCGCACCGGCAAGCAAGCGGCGCGUCACUCGCCCGCCGCGCGCCGCACCUCAUGCCACCAAAUAGAUCGAUAAAUCAUCUACUGCGCAGCUUGACCGCCAGCGCUCUUCUUACAUGAUGCCACCUAUACUGUGACCUUAGAAUAAUAAGACAUAGAAACCAAGUCCGCGCGUCAAUUUUGAAGCACCUUAAUUGGAGCCAUAAAUGGCUCCAAACGCCGGGCCGCUCCGUAGUGUUCAAUGUCAACGCACGGCGAACGUGUCUCGCGAAAAAAAAAUUAUUAUGACGAUUUGUGCAGUUAAAUUGUGUCACAACACAUCUGAAAAACAAAAGAAAUGUGAUAACAUCACUUUUCACAGGAUUCCCAUCGACCCUGUUAUUGCUGACAAGUGGGUGAAAAAUAUAAGGCUUAGUCGUGGAGAAGUAUAUUGGAAGCCAACCAAAAAUACACGAAUAUGUUCAAAACAUUUUAAGAAUGAAGAUAAGUACAUAACACAGGGUGGAUCGUGUAGGUUGCGUCGAAAUGCUGUCCCUGUUAAGGAUUUACAUAUUUCAUGCACAGGCACAGAUGAUCAAUUGGAUGAAGAAGAUAAUGUGGAUGAGAUUUCACCUGUUCAUGGGCUAUCGGGUUUAAAUGCUGCUGAAGACAAAACGGAAGGUGUUCGUGGAGCUUCAAAUAGAAAUUUAGUUACUGAAAGUUCAUCGCAGCCUAGUACGUCACGCGGGAAUGUGAGGCGCCCAUCAGACGACGAAUUCGACUAUAUAUUCGACACUCCUCGUAAGGCCCUCCUUCGAAAAAAGUUAAAGAAAAGCACAUUACUUAAUCUCAAACAUAGAAAAGUUAUAAAAACUUUAAAACAAAAGACCCGGCGUCUCCAAAAGAGGAAUAAAUCGCUCAAAGGAAUUUUAAGUGAACUACAAAAAAAGAGAUUCAUUAGUAAUGAUGUGUCUAAUUUAUUGUCUGAAAAUGUUUUUGCAGCCGAUUUAUUCAAUAACAGGCAUAGCCGAAAAUUAUUUCCGGAAGUAUAUGGCGGAGACAAAUAAUUUAGAUAAAACAUCAGAGACAAAACUUGCUUUGACAAUUAUGGAAAAACUUGUUGGUAGGUCUGUUUUCCCUGAUGCAGAGGAACAUGUAAAUGAGAAAAAUCAUGUUAACAAUUUGUCAAGGCUCAUUAUUGAAAGAUAUUUGCGCAUUCGUCUUUUUUACGAGUCGAAAAAAGACAAUGUAAUGAAAACAGCACUAUCAAAGCGGCAAUUACUCAGGAAACAAAUACAGUUCACAGGUUUCUAAACUGAUUAUUUUUUUAAUAAUUAUUUUUUUCUUUUUCUUAAUAUGAAGACUAUUCGAUUAGAAAUAAUUGUUGAUUUGAUUGGUUUACUUUAGUUACACAGUAUACAAAUUCAUAAUUGUAUACAAUAAUUAAAAUAUAUAUAUUUUUACGUGUU